CUUUCCCCGACGCCCGGCUGUCUCGGCCCGGGUGAAAACUGCGUGACACGCAGGGAGCGUAGCGGCCAUCUUCGUCUUCUGGGCACGUCAGCUGAGCGGGUUAGGGCUGGAGAAGCGCUGCGCAAGCGCACCCACGACGGCCCCCAGGUAACCCCCAUCUGACCGGAGAGGCGUCGCCGCCGCCGGAAGUUUGGUGUUUGCCGCGGGCGGCGACGGUCGCGGCAGAAGCUGCUGAGCGUCUCCGGGUACCCGGAUGUGAGCGCCCCGGGCUUCGGGCGGACGCCGGCCGCGCAGCAAGGAGGUUUCCAAAUAUACAGAAGUAAUUAGAAACAUCCCUUAGAGGCAUCAUCAAGAAACUUGAAAAGGUAAAACAGCAUUUCCAUUUCAUUAAGGCGCUGUAUAAUAUGUUAAGAAGUUAUAAGGGAUGGUUUUAUCAGAUUAUCUUGAGUUAUGGUGGCUGAAACAUCAGUUCUGUCUUGUGGGAAAAGAACUAAAUGGCAGCACAAAUGGAAAUCUAUAUUAAUAGAGUACUUUACUAAGCGAAGGAGAUUAAAUAGAAGCCAGAAACCAACAAACUUGGCAAACAAGGAAAGAAGCCUGUUAGCCAUAAGACAUGUUACAAAUGCAUCAGCGUCCAGUAGCUGUAGCCUUCAGAAGAAAAAAGUUGUCAGAAAUUUUGUCAAAGCAGACAGGUCAGUGAUAAAUAACUCCUAGUAAUAGGGUUAGGCCUGAAACUAAAAUAAUUAGAACAAAUUGGAUCUGAAUGAAGUUUAUUUUAAUAAAAAAUAAAAACUUCUGAAAAUAAUAAAUUAGAAUUCAUUUUCUUCAGCUUUCCAUUUCCCUGUUCAACAGAGAGCAAAUACCUUUCAGCAUUCAUGCCAGCUUUUCUCAUAUCUUAGGAAUUUCAGAGAGCAACCUUACUUGAAAUACCUGGUAUUUCUGUUGGAAAUGUACAUCAGUAUAAGUUAAAGUCAAUUUUUAAGAUCUGCUCUUUAGUAAUAAUACUAAAUUCCUAAGUACUUAGAUCUGCACCUACCUGAACACAGUUCUCAAAAAGGCCUCAGAAAGGAAGACAUUACUCAGGAAUAAUGUCCAUUCAGGAGAAAUCAAAAGAAAAUUCCCCCAAAGUUACUAAAGAAAUUGAAGAUGAGAAUUUAGAACUAGAAAUUGAAGGUUCUCAAAACAGUCUAGUAAAGAAAUCAGGUUCCAAGGAAGCUGUCAAAGCACUGGUUAAAUCUUCCAACAAAAGUAAAGUAAAUCAACCUGAAUUGGGAGCACGCAUGAGUACAAGGUCAGCAUCUGCAGCUGAUAAAAACACAACUAAAUCCAUUAAUAAAAAUAUGGUAAUUGUGAAGGCACAAUCACAAGAAUCUACAAAAAAGAGGAGAUUAUGUCAGGAAAAAUUAGCACUUGAAACUGUCAAAGGAAAUGAACAACUUACCCGGAGAUCACAAAGACUGCAGCAGUUAACAGAGUGCUCAACCAGGUCUUUGCGCAGUACAGGGGUUCAGCGGCACACGCAAGCAGGGAAACAGACUUUGCGACCAGCAAGAAGAGAGCAGUGCAACAACAGCACUCAGAAUAGAUCUAAUAAAGUCACAGCAAGUCAGAAGCAUGUGAAAAGAAAAGGGCUGGAAAUAGAGUCUGAUUGUAAGGAGGACAAAAGUUCAGUUACGAAUGAAGUAAUACAUUCUCCCAAAGGAAAGAAGCGCAAAGUACAGCUUCAGACAGCUUAUAUUUGUAGUUCUCAGUGCUUCCAAGGGUCUGAGAAGUGUUGCCAAAAGACUGUUAGAAAAGAAGAAUCAAAACCUGUGCCUGUAACUUCUGAGGUUAGAAAAUUCAAAGCAGCUACUUCAGUGGUCUCUAAAAAGAAUGAACCGAGGAAAUCAGCUCACACACAAGUGAAUACUAGCACAAAAUUCCCUGAAAUUCCACAACCAUUAGUGCCUGAACAAAGUAUUGAUCAUGAAUUGGAGCAAGCUGGAAAGAAUAAGCGAGGUAGCAUUCUCCAACUUUGUGAAGAAAUUGCUGGUGAAAUUGAAUCAGAUACUGUGGAGGUAAAAAAGGAAUCGUCGCACAUGGAAAGGAUAAAUGAGGAGAAGCCUACAGAAGUCACAUCGGAAGGGGCUGAUGUUGAAAGACAAAUGCUCCCUCAGAAAGAAACAAACCAGAACAUGCAGUGUAACCGUUUCUUUCCCAGUAGGAAAACAAAGCCUGUGAAAUGCAUACUAAAUGGAAUAAAUAGCUCAACGAAGAGGAACUCCAACUGGACUAAAAUUAAACUCUCAAAAUUUAACUCUGUGCAACAACAUAAGUUGGACUCUCAAGUAUCUCCUACAUUGGGCUUACUACGAACUGGUUUUUCACCAGCAGUUUUAGAAAUGCCUCACUCAGUGUCUCAGAAUACAUUCUUAGAUAUGAAACCACAUAGUAGUGUAACUUGCCAACAGGAUAAAAUGGAAGGAAGGAAAUCUGAAGAAGUUAAAAUUAAUAAUAUUGCUAUCGAAAUUAAUAAAGCCAUGAAGAGGGCUCCUGGAAAUUGUCAUUUGGAUAAUCAUAUUAAACCCUCUCCUGAUUCACCAUUGGAUAAUCAGAUGAAACAUUCUUGUGAGUCAGCACCAAAUAAGAAUUUCAGCUUAUGUUCGGUAUCUAAGGUGGAGAAGAACUCAUUAGAAGACAUUGCUGCUUCAACUCUUCCCAGUCAAGCAAAGAUUGAUGGAGACAGAAAAUUUCCAGGCUCAGCUCCUAAGCAGCCCCACAGUGUACUCGGUAAUGAAGCGUCCAUCAACAGCAAGCACAGAGAUAUACCAUCAAAUCAUUCUCAGCUAAAGUAUAAUUCUCAUUUGGAGAUAACCAUUCCAAAGGCCUUGAGACUGAAAGAAUCCGAGAAAGUGGAUGAAAAACAGCUGAUCAUAGAUGCUGGACACAAAAGGUUUGGAGCAGUGUCCUGUAAUAUCUGUGGAAUGCUUUAUACAGCUUCAAAUCCAGAAGAUGAAACCCAGCACCUACUUUUUCACAACCAGUUUAUAAGUGCUGUGAAGUAUGUGGGCUGGAAAAAAGAAAGAAUUCUGGCUGAAUAUCCUGAUGGUAGGAUAAUAAUGGUUCUUCCCGAAGAUCCAAAGUAUGCCCUGAAAAAGGUUGAUGAAAUUAGAGAGAUGGUUGACAACGAUUUGGGUUUCCAACAGGCUCCAUUAAUGUGCUAUUCCAGAACUAAAACACUUCUCUUUAUUUCUAAUGACAAAAAAGUAGUCGGCUGCUUGAUUGCAGAACACAUCCAGUGGAUUUGUCACUCAUAUUAGUUUAAUAAAAUGCUGAGUGGCCAGUAGUCAGGCAGGAGGCAGGUAGGUGGGGCAACCAGACUAGGAGAAUUCUGGGAAGAGGAAAGGCAGAGAUGCAGUCCCCAGCCAGAUGCAGAGGAAGCAGGAUGAGAAUGCCUUACUGAGAAAAGGUGCCAAGCCACGUGGCUAAACAUAGAUAAGAACUGUGGGUUAAUUUAAGUUGUAAGAGCUAGUUAGUAAUAAGUAUGAGCUAAUAGGCCAAACAGUUUAUAGUUAAUAAUAAGCCUCUCUAUGUUUCUUUGGGACUGAAUGGCUGUGGGACCAGGCAGGACAGAAACUUUCUUUUGGUUUUUCAAGGCAGGAUUUUUCUGUGUAACAGCUCUAGCUGUCAUGGAACUCACUUUGUAGACCAGACUGACCUUGAACUCAUAGAGAUUUGCCUGCCUGCCUCUGCUUCCUAAUGCUGGAAUUAAAGGCAUGGGCCAGCUUGAGUAUUUUGCCUUCAUGCAUGAUCCUAUUCUUUGUGUGUGCCUGGUGCCUGUGGAGUUCGGAAGAGGGUACAGAUAGUAAGCCACCAUUUGGAUUUUGGACCUGAACUCAAGUCCCCUGCAAGACCAGCUCAACCAUUGAGCCGUCUGUCACGUUCUUUUGAAACAAAGUCUCUUUAUUGCAUUGGCUAGCCUGGAUCUCAAAGAAUCUUCCUGCCUCUGCCUUCCAGUUGUUGGGAUUGAAGACAUGUAUCACUCUUAAAUUUUGUUUUCUAGUUUUAUUUUAAGUUUUAUCUUUGUCUUAUUAGGAGAUUGGUCAUGUCCUUUUUGACAAUAAUGUGUAUAUAUGUUUACAGUUACUUACUGAGAUCAGAGGGGCUGGAGAGAUGGCUCAGCCGUUAAGAGCAUUGCCUGCUCUUUCAAAGGUCCUGAGUUCAAUUCCCAGUAACCACAUGGUGGCUCACAACCAUCUGUAAUGAGGUCUGUUGCCCUCUUCUGGCCUUCAGGCAUACAUGAAGACAGAAUAUUGUAUACAUAAUAAAUAAAUAUUUUAAAAAAGCGAUCAGAGCAUCUCGAUAAAUCAAAGGAAACGUUUUUUUUUUUAAAAAUAGAUUUAUUUUAUGUGUAUGUAUGCUCUAUCUGCAUGUACGAAUUUAUGUCAGAAGGGAACAUCAGAUCUCACUAUAGAUGGUGUGAGCUACCAAGUGGUUGCUGGGAAUUGAACUUAGGACCAGUGCUCUAAACCGCUAAGCUGUCAGAAAAGGCUUUCUUGAUUUCCCUUCUCUUCCUGUUCUUAGUUCUUGUGUGGUGGUGAAUUGUGCAGUAUAGGAACAGUCACUAUGACUAUUGAGCUCAGAAUAUGUUCUUCUCUUCCUUUCCUCCCCUCCCUUUUUUUUUCCUUUGGUUUGGUUUUGUGAGGCAGCUUUUCUCUGGUGUAGCUUUGGAUUCUGUCCUGGAACUUGCUCUGUAGACAAGGCUGCCCUUGAACUCUCAGAGAUCUGCCCAUCUCUGCCUCCUGAGUGCUGGGAUUAAAGUUGUGCACUACCAAUGCCCGGCUGUUUUUGUUUGUUUUGUUUGUUUGUUUGGUUUUUGGCUAUCCUAGAACUCACUAUGUAGACUAGGCUGGCCUCCAAUUUACAGAGAUCUGCCUGCCUCUGCCUCCCUAGUGCUGGGAUUAAAGACCUGUGCCACAAUUGCCUGGUUUAACAUGUACUUUUGCUGCUUAGAAAGCAGAUGGUAGAGAAAAACACAUUCCAUUCUUGUGUUCACUUUGGAUGGCAAAAUCCUUGUUAAAUGACUCAAAAUGAUUAGUGGUAGAUAUACUUAAUUAUGUUAUUAUGGGUUGAGUCAGAAUGGAAGUAAACCCAGAUUGUUAAGUGAUCUGCUAGUUUGUUAAGCAGGCAGACCUCAGCCAGAUUUACACUAGACAACUGCCACCUUUAUUUUCCUUGCCAUUUUUGAC